GUGUUAUUCAAACGCGACACCGCAAAAGCGACCGACGGUGUGUCUGAAGAGCUGAAUGCUACCACAGGGUAUGAGUUUACAACAUUGGACGCAGCAAUGACAGGUGUGGCUGAUACAAAACGCAUGAUGACCCAACAAAUAACUGAAAUACAAACAGAAACUGAAACAACAACAACAGCAAACGAUAUCAACAGCGUGGCAACAACUAUGAAUAGCAGCGUUGAAAUUAAUGAGUAUGAAAAUGUGAAAAAUAAUGGAAAUGAAAAUGUCGAGCGUGCAAAGGUUGUUGACAGAAAAAUUAUAGCAGCCACAACAACAAGAACAGCAGCAACAGCAUUAUUUGCAGAAAGUGUCUCAGCAACGGCAGCAGCCACACCACAAACGGGAGAACAACAAAACAUUGCUGCAGAGGGGAGAGAGAGCGAGAAGGAGGAGGCGAUUGCACCCGAAAUGCAGACGGACGAUGGCGAAGAACCGGUGGAUGUGACAGCCGCGUUGCAGCAGCAGUUAAUUUAUGAAUUUGCAAUUAAAUACAAGCAUAUACCGCGUGUCACGUACUUCACCUGCCGCUGGCAGAGCAGCGAGGGGAGCGGCGGCAACACUUUCGGUGAACAAAUGACGUACUUAAAUAUGCAGACGCUGGCAAUGAUGCAACGCAUGUAUGGCAGCGAGGCGGUGGACAAAAUGAGGUCAGAGCCCGAUACAAAAGCAAGUCAAAAAGCAAAAAAGGCCAGCGCUGCUGACAAGGUAACAACAAAGCGUAGUAGCGCGCCAAUAACGGCAACAACAGCGCGUGCAGCGCCGCCAUCUAGAGCUGUCGAAACCAAUACACCGAAAGUUCGAAAUAACGGAAAUACGCGCAGCAAACGUACGACCACUGCCGCGGUCACACGCGCACAAACAGCCGCCGCACUGCUGAAUAACGGAAAUGUGACGCAGAGCGGAAAAGGAAGCAACCGUGCCAGUCGUGUAACCAGUGAUGCCUCCGUCGCCACCACCUCCGCACAGUGGGACAUUUUAAUUAAAGUUGUACAUAUCGAUCAAUUAAUCAAUAAACGUCCAACCGCUGCCAAUAACAAAAAUGGCAAAAACAACCGAAGCUACAAUUGGAAUGUGCAACGCACAUUUGGCGGUGGAUUUGCCGCUGGUGGCGGUUAUGGUCGAUCAGCGGCAGGUAAUGCUGGCGCACGCAAUGCGUACACGAAUGCAAAUUGGCUGGCGCAAGUGUUGCGCGACGAUGGCAGCCGUCAGUUGGUGGUGCUGAAUUUGGCAUGCGGCGCAGCGAGUCGUCGGCUGCUCGAAAUGGCAUCGAAUAAAGCAUUGUUCAAUGCAACCUAUCAUUGGCUGUUGAUUGAGGAUUAUACAUUUAAUCGGAAUGCUGACAUCGAUGACAACGUUGACAACGAUCGCAAUGGCAACAACAAUGGCAAUGCGAAUUGCAAGCGUAAGAGCGCACAUCAGUAUAAUGAGACAGUCGACAGCGACAAGAACAGCAACAACAAUAAGUUGUCGGAACAAACUGAAACGCAGCAGCUGCAAGAAAGCAAAGAGGAGAUAGAGAAGAAGAAGCAGCAGCAACUGACAGCGACAGCGACUACUUCGAUUACACCGCACCCAAAAGCUACACUUACAGCGGCAGCAGCACUGACGGUGACUGCCAAUAAUGAGAACACCAUGGAGAUUAUUGAAAAGUAUCUGGAAAAGCUCAACAUCAACAUAAAUACUGAGUUAAUAUUGGCAAAGCGACACACACGGCGUAUACGUGACGACGCUGCGCAGAUUGGCGAUAACAAAAAAUGUGCUGCCACCAAUGAUGAUGCUGGUGAUGGCGGUGGCAGUGGCAGUGGUGGCUGCUGCACGUCGUCUGACAGUGAAAGCGCUACUAAUAAUACACUUCAAAGGAAGGAUUACUACCAGCUCUACGAUGUUUGGAAUCCAGGACUACAAUAUGGCGGCCAAUUGAACAUUUCGGAAAUUGGAUAUUUCGCACUCGAUGAUGGUCUACAAAUUGCCCUCUGGUAUCGUAGAUCGACCACAAUUACAAGGCGAAUGGACAUGAAGAUGGCACGCAUCCGUUGCUUGAUUGUGGUAACGAACAAGAAUCACACGGAUACACUGGAACAUUAUCUAACCACACACUACGACACGCAUGUGGAUUCAAUGAAUCGCUUCAAUUUCGCACUACUCUCGAGCGUAAGGGACUUGUUCAAUUUCAGCUUCGUGCUGUCGAAGACCGCCAGCUGGGGCUACCUGAAGAAUGGCAAAUUCGAUGGCAUGAUAGGAGCGUUGGUACGCAAACAAGCGGAUAUUGGUGGUUCGCCGAUUUUCUUUCGCAUCGAACGUGCCAAAGUGAUUGAUUACACGACACGAACGUGGGUGGCCAGACCUUGCUUCAUAUUUCGUCAUCCGCCGAGCACCAAAAAGGAUCGUAUAGUGUUUCUGCAACCCUUUUCAAAUAUGGUCUGGAUUUUACUGGGAUUAUGUGGCAUCUUCACCAUAUGCUUACUGUGGCUACUGACGUCGGUGGAGCGUCGCUUAGAGGCGGUCGGUGUGGUAGAGCAACUGGGACACAGCACGCGCAGCAGCAGCAGCGGCAACAUGAACAGCAAUGCCACCUCCACCACUACCGCCAACAACAAACAACUGUGUGCAAUCGGCGGUAAUGAUGAACUACCACCACCAGUUGGUUGCCGCUGUUCCACACGAAUGCCGUUAAGUGCCGGGACAAUGCCGAGUUGCGGCGCUUGCAACGCUCCGUCGGUUGGCUUGGCAACAAAAGAGCAACGGAAACAAAAGCUGGAAAAGUUGAUGCAACGUCGCGGUAAGACGGAAGCGCGGCGAAAGAAGGUGCACGGUAUUAGCUGCAGGCGCAGCAUGCUCGGCUGCGGUAGUGCGUGCUGCGGCCAGACAGGCAGCGUUGCGGCACAACAGCGCACGGGCUUGUUCUUCGAGUCGGUGCUGUUCUACGUGGGCUCUAUAUGUCAGCAAGGUCUGACAUUUUCUACAAGUUUCUUUUCGGGUCGUUGCAUCGUCAUUACCAGUCUACUCUUCGCUUUUGCCAUCUAUCAAUUCUAUUCGGCCAGUAUUGUGGGUACGCUAUUGAUGGAGAAGCCGAAAACGAUACGUACAUUGCGUGAUUUGAUACACAGCUCAUUGGCCGUUGGUGUAGAGGAUAUACCGUAUAAUCGUGAUUAUUUUUUGCGCACUAAAGACCCCAUCGCCAUUGAGUUAUACGCCAAGAAAGUGACCAGCGUACCAACGGAUAAUGAAGCGCUCUCCGAAACGACAGCUGACAAUGUGACCACACUAUCGCCACUGCAACCGGGUGUUGAGCUCACUGCAGCGGAGAAGGCGAAGACAUAUAGAGAGAUACUACAUAGUCAUGAGACGGGUGCGCAUGCCAAGACGAAUGAGGCGUCGAACUGGUAUGAUCCAGAGUAUGGCGUUAAAAGGAUACGCAAAGGCAAAUUCGCUUUCCAUGUGGAUGUGGCAACAGCGUAUAAAAUCAUCGCCGACACUUUUAGCGAGAAGGAAAUUUGCGAAUUGACGGAGAUUCAACUAUUUCCGCCACAAAAAAUGGUCGCCAUUGUGCAGAAGGGUUCACCGCUGCGCAAAACUAUUACAUAUGGUUUGCGACGUGUUACUGAAUCGGGUCUAAUGGACUACCAACGCAAAGUUUGGCAUUCACCGAAACCGCGCUGUGUUAAACAAAUACAUACGGAUGAUUUGAGGGUCGACUUGCAAACCUUCGCAUCAGCACUUUUGGUUCUUAUCUUCGGCUAUGCAGUUAGUUUACUGGCACUCAGCAUCGAGAUUAUACAACAUAAAUUAUGGCAACGCUACCGCGAAGAGCAGGAGGAUGAGCAGGAGUACGAGUAGCAUCACUAAGUCUAUGGAGUUGUGGCCACUGUCACCUGUUGGCCUGCCGCAACAGUGACAACCCACACGAGUGAUACUUUGCGGCGCUGCACACACACACACACAAUCUAAGUACACCCACCUGAGCCAAUGACACUUAAACGAGAUACUAAACGCCAGCACACGGCAUUGAGGAGCACACGGCUGAGGUGGCUAAACACUUUCGCACCAUGCACAUUUGCAUAGCACACGACUAGCGGGAAACUACUUGUAUGUGUGAGAGUGUGUGUAAUAUUAUCUGAGCAACGGUCGUUGGUACGCCUGCAACAUGUCAGUGGUGUAGGUUGUCACUUUGCUGUCGCUAUAUUAGCCACACGAACACACACCCGCAUGCACUACUUAUACCGCACAUGGACGUAACAGGCUGCCACGACAGCUGUUGCACACACACACACACGAGCGUUUGCUAAUGCAUUUACAGCGUCAGUAACACCGACACCGACACCGGGACUGGCACCGGCACUGCUACUGACACUAAUGCAUGCACCGGUUUUGGCAGCUACACCGGCAGCAGCGCAGACACUGACUGAGUUACCGUCACGGCCGGGUGACAUUGACGUGUUGGACACUGAGACAAUAUGGUUAAUUGCAUAUUUUUAGCUGCACAACAGCAGCAGCUAACGGUAAUUCAACCGGGUUGGUGUUUGAAAAUUUGUGAAUGUUCAUAAUUUGACUCAUAUUCUGAGAGGAAAAAUAAUAAAUAAAUGCUUUGCAUGUGCUUUGUUGCUUUAAAAAAAUUGUAUUAGAAUUUUCGGUAUUUGAAUUUAGAAUUAACGCGAAUAAGGUAAG